GAGAUGUUCCGGCUACUUCGCCUCUCCUAUAAGUCUGCCACCUUCCAUGGAUCAUAAAGAAGCCGCAAAAGAAUUUUUUGCUUCAUAUAGACGUUUUAAAGAAGCAAUUGAACAAGUAAUACACAAAGAAAUACCGGAUAAAUAA